CUUCUUAUUUUCUUUCACACAUAAACCUUCAUCUCUCUUUCAACAGAAAAAUUAGUAGUAACUUGAAGGAUUAUUAAAAUGUCAUCCAUGCUAAGCUCAAGCACUUCCCUCAGGCCAACCCCAUUUCUUGGCCAAACCAGGGCAAGUGUUAACCCUCUGAGAUAUGUUGUCUCCAUGGGCAAUGCCAAGUACUCUAUGGGGAAUGAACUGUGGUAUGGACCUGACAGAGUGAAAUACUUGGGACCCUUUUCAGCUCAGACUCCUUCAUACUUGACUGGUGAGUUUCCAGGCGACUAUGGAUGGGACACUGCUGGUUUGUCUGCUGACCCUGAAGCCUUUGCCAGGAACAGGGCUCUUGAGUUGAUCCACGGGAGAUGGGCAAUGCUUGGAGCACUAGGCUGCAUCACUCCUGAGGUUCUUGAGAAAUGGGUUAGAGUAGACUUCAAAGAGCCAGUGUGGUUCAAGGCUGGAGCUCAGAUUUUCUCAGAAGGUGGCCUCGACUACUUAGGCAACCCCAACCUUGUUCAUGCUCAAAGCAUCCUGGCAGUCCUCGGAUUCCAGGUUGUCCUCAUGGGACUCGUUGAAGGGUUCAGAAUCAACGGUCUCCCAGGUGUCGGAGAGGGCAACGAUCUCUACCCCGGCGGCCAAUACUUUGACCCUCUUGGCCUUGCCGAUGAUCCAGUUACAUUUGCGGAACUCAAGGUGAAAGAGAUCAAAAAUGGCAGGCUAGCCAUGUUUUCCAUGUUUGGCUUCUUUGUCCAAGCUAUUGUAACCGGCAAAGGUCCCCUAGAGAACCUCCUAGAUCAUCUCGACAACCCUGUCGCUAACAACGCCUGGGUUUAUGCUACCAAAUUUGUCCCCGGAUCUUAAACCGAUAAUCAUUUAUUCAAAUUUAUGUUCAAUGUGAAAUGUAGAAUGUAAAAACUCUAUGCCAUUGAGAUCAUUGUUAUAUAAUGUUAACAAAUAUUAACACUUUUCUUUAA